CUCAUUUCAGUCACAACCCGCCACAUCCACCACCUUUCAAAGAGCUCUCAAUUCUAUUGUGAAAAUGAAGCUUCUUAGUUGGAUGCAAAAUAAGCUUAAUGGGAAACAAGGGAACAAAAAACCACACACAGCUUCAACUACUAAUCAUGUGAAACAAGAGCCCCGUGAAGAAUUCAAUGAUUGGCCCCAUGGUUUGCUAGCAAUUGGAACCUUUGGAAACAAUGAUUUAAAAGAAAAUUCUGAAAGCCAAAAUACUCAAGAGGGUCCCUCUUCAUCUGAAGAAAUAGUAGAUUUUACUCCAGAAGAAGUAGGAAAGUUACAACAGGAGUUGACAAAGCUCUUACGUAAACCAAAUGUGGAGAAGCAAAUUGUUGAUCUUCCAUUGGAUAGAUUCCUUAAUUGCCCAUCAAGCUUGGAGGUUGAUCGAAGAAUUAGUAAUGCUCUUUGUAGUGAUUCAGAUCAAAGAGAUGAAGAUAUCGACCGGACAAUUAGUGUCAUACUUGAUAAAUGUAAAGACAUUUGUGCAGAUAAUAACAAGAAAGUGAUUGGGAAGAAAUCAAUUUCUUUCCUUCUCAAGAAAAUGUUUGUUUGUAGCAGUGGCUUUGCACCAGCACCCAGUUUGAGAGAUACACUUCAAGAGUCAAGAAUGGAGAAGCUUUUGAGAGUAAUGCUUCACAAGAAGAUGAACCAUCAAAAUAAUGCUCGGCCAUCAUCUGCAAAGAGAUAUCUAGAGGACAAACAAAAGCCAAAGAAGGAAAAAGAUGAUGAACCGCGGAACAAAACCAAUGAUGGAUGCAAAUGGGUCAAGACAGAUUCUGAAUAUAUUGUUCUAGAGAUAUAAAUCUGCUUUGAUCUACACUAUCACUUCACUUACAAGGAUUCAAAUGUUUAUGGAUUGGGUUCUAAGGAUCUCAGAUAGUUGGGAUUACAAAUCAUCAAGAUUCAUUUUAGUGG